CAUCAAUCUUUUGUUUCUGUGUUUUAUCUUUCUUAGUUUUCUCAUUUUGUUGUUAUUGUAACAUGUUUUACUCGUCUUCCUUGGACCUGCUUUGAGGCUUGUACCAGCAUCCUCCUCACGAUGGCUGAUGGAGACUAUAGCACUAUCAGGUUCUCUGUUGGGGGCUAGUUGAGCUAUGGUCGUGCGGUGUGUUCCCCACUCCUGAUACCUUCUUGCCGCUAUAUAAUGAGUUGGCGUCAGGUGCGUAGUAUUUUAGAUAUUCCAAUUGCCUAAUUUACCCCUAUGCUCAACUAGCCCCGCUUUAUCCUACUGCUAACCUCAAAAAACUCAAAAAUUGGAUUAGUGACAUGCCCAAGUGUCUUUAAGAUCCUUAUAGUAGUCGCGGUACACCGGUAGCUGCUUCAGUACACACAACACACAAAAUCCCCAGAAAACCAAAAUAGUGAUGGACGUCAGGUAUGACCUAGAACUCAUCUUAAAAUUAAGUUUAUAAAUUUCUUUUUUGAUCACUUUACACUUUAGUAGGAACUUGUUCAGGAAAGAAAUGCGUAGUUGCUAAGUUCUUGGGAUAUUUAGUAGACAUUAAACUUGCGAGCAUGAUAACUUAUUUGUUCAUGGACAUUGAAUAAAAAAGGAAGAAGCAAUACGAGAACAGAACUUGAUCAGUUGGACUACUUACCUUCUUGGUGAUUUAAAAAUGAAUUAUAGUAAAGGGUUUAUAAAAGAAGCUUAAACAAUCUUGAACACCCUAUGUAUAUACGAUCUUUGAUGGCUUUGAUUAAGCAUCCGUGUCAUUUUACCCUAAUUUCUGGGUCACCUCCUUUGUAAUGCUCAUCUCCUUCCCCCACCUCUUAGCAGAUUAUUCAUAGCACUCCCACAGUAGCAAGAUGAAUCGGAACUUGAAAGCAUCUCCUCAGACUGAGGCAGAUCGACGUUUGCUUCAAUAUGAAAAUUACGAGCAUUAUUUGGACUCCUUGGGGACAAAUCAGGAUGAAUGCUAUCUACAAAGCGUGGAGGUUGCCAGACAAGUUGCCGAGUUGGGGUACAGAAGUUCAGGAGAAACACUGAGUCGGGAGCAGUUUGAAAAAAGGCUUGCUGCUGUAUAUCAAUACCUGUUCCCACCCUAUACACCAUACCAUGCAACUAGUGAAGGUAUGAUUAAGGAUGACCCACUAAAGAUUGAACUGGCUCUUCGAGAAAGAUCGAACAGGGUGGGUAUAUUAUCAACGAUCAUAUUCAUAAAGCUGGAAACAAGAGCUGGCUACGAAAUAUCUGGAUACCUGGAUUAUGGUGACAAGUUAAUCGUAGAAGAUUGGAAGCCGAUCUUUGUAGGUCGCAAGAAGAUAAUAGGUACCUAAAACCAUAGAUCUUGGUUAUUAUAACUGGAGAUCUGGGAAAGUAGUUUGCAAUGAUUCCAGUCAUUUCAAGGUGAAGCAGGAUCCUGCUAAAGGGUUGAUUUUCCAAAAUCGCUUCGACAGAAAAAUAAUCAACCCAGCCCCUGGCUGCAAUCCUGGAGCAAAUACGACCAGGAAGAGAGUUUACACGCCUAUGUAUCAGCUAGUCAUACUAUUCGAUCAUAUUGUCAGUCAGAGGAUUUAAUGGAAAUAUAAUUGAAAUCCAAAAUUUAUA